AUGAAGGACCUUUUUGUAGGUAGUGAACCAAGCGAGGUGAAGGCCAACCGGCUCAAGAAGUACAUGGAAAGCGGAAGAUUCCUUGAAACUCUUUUUUUCCCACAUGAGUUUUUGGAGUCACUAGUUUUAUUUGCUAUUCAGAUACUCAACAGUACGGAACCUGAGAAAAAAUCGUCAUUUGUGUCUGGAGGGAAUGAAUCUCGCUACAUUGUCCUCAGGCUUUUGAACAAGUUUUCGCUGAAAAGGAUUAGGAAUACAGGAUUAGUGCAUGCACUCCAUUGUGUGCUUAGAAAUGACAAUCUCCCAAACGUGAUUUUGUCACUGAAGGCAUUAGGUUCUCUGAGCAGAUCGGGGGUCAUUGCAGGAGAUCUGGUGGAGGUGCAUGUUGGAGUCCUUCUUGGGAUGGUUCACAACCUCUUUACAAACCUGGAAAGUGGAGAAGAAGGGCUCAUUGAGAUAUCGCUAUUUACUCUUACAGAGAUGCUGACCCAUGCCAGGGUUUUUUUCCGUGGGUUGGAGUACCAUGCUGUGAAGAUUGAUCAAUUUUUGGCCUGUGUGUAUGGAAACAUCAGAAGAGCUUUUGAAAACCGGAGAUUCAUGGAUGGGAUGAUGCAUAAAAGGACGUCUUCAAUAAGCAUGUGUUCUGGAAUCUGUAGUCUCCUCAAGCUGACAUAUGAGCAGCUUCCUAUUGUGUCGAAGUCAGGGCCUUAUCAUGUGUUUGCUUGUGAGGCAGCAUUUGUUGGGAUGUAUUACUGUCCCUCCGAUCUCCUGGACCUUAGGAAGGAGAUCUACAUGCUGUUUAGCAAGAUGUGUAUAGGAGACAAAGAGAUGGUUCUUCCUAUGAUGGACAAAGUGUAUAUGGUUCCAUUUCUUUUUUCUCCAGAUGCACAGCCAAUGAGCGUCAAGGGGAUUGGAAUGCUCUCUGAAAUGCUCGUGCAUGUUAAGGAGAACCUUAGCAAGGCAGCAUACAUGGAGUUUGGGUCGAAGGUAUUCAAUGUGCUUUUUUCAACCUGUUCUUCAAUAAGGAGGCUAUGCAAGGAAGUUCAUGAGGGAGGAGAAGAAAGACAGAAAUAUCGGAGGAAUGCAAGCGAUAUAAUUAGCCAGGAUAUUGAAAGUCUCAUAGUAUGUCUAGGGGCGGUAGAGAACACAUGCAAAUGCUUUGGAGGCAGGACAGGAGAUUCCGAAGAACUCAGCCACAUUUAUCUCAAGAGCUUUUACGAUAUAAGGAAUGGAUUUGAAGGAAUCCAGGGAUUAGUAAGACUGGGAUGCGCAGGCAAGGAGGAGGAGUUGAAGAAGGUUGUAAAGAAAUUUGUCUCUGGAUUUCGAGAAGUGAUUGGAAGAGCGGGAAUCCUUGAAAAGUCUGGAAAUGGGAUUGUCUUUUCUGUACCCGAGAUCAAUAUCCUGUAUGAGAUAUUUGAGAGGUCUUUUGAUGUAUUUUUGCAUGAGUGCCUGUGCCAAGAGCAGGACAUUGAAGAGUUUUUCUCUGUGCUGUCUCUUGUUAGAGAGCACAUUGGAAGCGAUAUAGUCAAAUGCCUUUCAGAAAGAAUUGUGGAGUACAGCAAGAAAAACGGGGAGUUCUUUGGGAUAUGGAGAUUGAUGAGCAGCUCUGUAAUUUUGGGAAACACAUUCUGUGGAUAUGUACUUCCACGAAUGAUCGAGGAGCUCGAUAGAGAGGGAUUUGAAUUUGUCAAGAGGGCAAUGAGAUAUAUUGUUCCGUUUUUUGGAAACGAUAUAAAGAAGAUAAAGCGAGUCAAUACAUUCUUCAUGCACAGGAUAAUAUCAACUCUGUUGGCAGCCAAGAGGAUGGAAAACUUCGAAAUUUUGCUGGAGAUCUUCAACAUGUUUGGAUCGAUGCCUGAGAAGAGCAGCUUUUUCCAGAAAUACAUCUUCGACAACUUCUCAAGGAUAGUUUCUCAUCUUAUGAAUCUUUAUGAAGUUGAGGGAAAGAGCAUAUUUAUAGAAAUGAUAUUUUCCUUGCCAAUAAGUAUCAACCUACUUGAAUCAGAUAUCCAAUUUCUCAUGAGACCUAUUGAAGAGGCCUUAAUGCUUCAUGGGCCAGUAAGAACCAAGGCGCUGUCUAUUCUUGUGUAUGUUCUUGACUUUUCAACACCAGAUAAGAUUUCGGGUCUUGAGAAGACAUGGCAAAACAUUUUAAAUAACGUAGCAGAGGGCUUGAAGGAUAGCACAAUGCUGUCGUUGUGUUCGAGAAUACUGGGGAAGCUCAAGAGCUAUCACAAGACGUUUGUAGUAGAUGGGAAGAUGUUUGAAGAGACAAACGAAGAUUUAAAACUUAUUAGGAUAGUGGUGGAUGGAAAGCAUGCAGUUCCUGGGCAUCUCUUGUUUUUCGAUGCAGUGCAGAAGAUAAGGGGGGCCUUUGAGCUGUCUGAAAAGAGCUUUGGGCCUUCUGGUGUUCUCACCAGGUUCAGGAGUCUAGGGCCCCGAUGUGGAGAUGGAGAAGCCAAAGGCGCAGCAUUCAGACUAGUGGAGAAGGUGGUGUGCCAUCUGAUGGGAUGGAACUCCUCUGGAAAGAACUUGAUUCAGAAUUAUUACGAGUCUCUUCUGGAGGAGAUGGAAGAGAUAGGAAGCAUUCCAGACACAUUGGAUUACAUACACUCGGUUCAUGGGGUUAUCUCUUCGUUAGGCGGGAGGAAAUGCUCGGACAGUCGGCAUUUGGCCCAGUAUGUCUACGAUGCAAUCCUCACGCUCUUCAGUUGCCAUGGAACCCCUUUUGAAAAGAAAGCUCUGGAACUCCUUCAUUCUAUUUUUGGAGUCGUGAUACUCCACAAGAUAUCUACUCUUCACAGGCCCAAGGGGAAGAGAUACACGAUUCUUCUUGACACAGACACAUUCCUUGAUGCACUUGUAGAGUCGUUUUGCGAUACCGAGAACUCGAUGCCUUUCAAGGUACUCUCUGUAAUGUUUGUCCAGAUGUACGAGAUGUUUGGAAGGAAAUGCGAAUACUUCUGUGUUGAGAUGUAUAGGGCUGUUUUCUCCAAGCUCAAGGCCAUGUGCAAGUCUUCGAACAAGAGAUGUAGAGACGCUGGAAUCAAUGGAAUCAUAUGUCUUGCAGCAACAAUGCCUAUUCGAGAGCUUGUGAUGCUCCGAGUCCCGGAAGAUUCGUUUUCAUGUACAUACCUUUAUCUUCUUCCUCGGGGAUCCGAAGAUUUCUCUCUUCCCCUCCGGCUGGUUGUCUUUAUCUUGAGAUUCAGAUACAAGGGAAUUAGGAAUUAUUUGCUCUCCUCUGGAAUGGAGAGGCACUUCAUGAUGUCGCAUUUCAGACCGUUUGUUGCAGGCCUCUUUGAUGGGAGAAAGGAUGUUAUGGACUUUUCCCAAGCUGUGUUGAGAGAAGUGUUCCAGAGCUAUGGGCCUCGCCUACUGGAAAGACACAAGGACAUGGUUUUUGGGUUUUUCAAGAAGGAAUAUGUAAUAGGAAGCAGGGAAACAAUGAUAAUGCACUUGAAAGUGUUUAUUUUCUGCGUUCGAGAGGGCAAGUGUCCGUUUGACGAUUGCGAGAUGAAGUAUCUUAUCGAGAAGUUUCUGGAUGGGAUUGCAAGCAACGAGGAGUGGAGAGGAACUGGAGGGGUUUAUAUGGGCUUUGACCACUGUGAAAGAGACGAAAGCACAAACAACGAGGACUUUUGCAAGUGCAACAGAUGCGGGAAGGGCGAAGAAGACACAGAGAUUGUUCUAGGAGGGAUCCAUAAGAAGUUAUCUUCGCUAUCUAUGAGGGAUUUGAUGGAAAUUGCGCUUAAAAACAAAAUGGAUGUGGUUUGCGGAGAUUGCAAGAAAAAGAUCUACAGACAUAAGGAGGAGUGGUCUCCUAGAUUCAGUAACGAGGGGGAGGAGUUGAUUUACUGGAUAAGAGAGUUUUAUUUGCUUGUCAUUGAGUACAGGAAGUCCUUUGAGGAGAUAAGAACAGCGGUUUUGUAUUUAUUGAGAUAUGUUUCGGACGAUUCCUCGGAUUACCUGCAGAAGGCACACAAUAUACGGCCGCAAGAGACAGAAGAGGUAAUAUCAGAGGAAGUGGAGAAGUGUCUGUCUGAGAAGGUCGACUACAAGAUCCUCAACAUGUUACUGUGUGCACAUUCGAUAUCGGGGAUUCGGGAGAAUCCAAGGGUAGGGAUGCUUGUUCUGAAGAUUCUGAAAGAAUUCAGGAUUCCGAAAGAGUUUGCAAUAAUAGCACAGAAUGACAGAUACUCGAUGCUGGCAAAGGCGUAUGAAAUAGGAAUUAGACUGAAAAACCAGGAGGGGCUGUGCAACGAGAUUCUGGAAACAUACUUUGUACUUGACGGAUAUGCCAAGAGUUACACUUCCAGGAUGUAUCCUCGAAUGAUUAAGUAUGUAGAGGAUCUUGGAUCACAGUUUGUAAGUUGUAUGUUCCGAAGAAUUCAAGACCCAUCGGCUUACGAGUUGUGUUCACAGCUCUGCAAGGACUCGGCCAAGCUAAGAGAAAUGGUGUUUGGAAUGAAGGACAGACUUGCGGAGAGAAUAUCGCAAAUAUAUUGCAGACUGGAAGGAAAUGACUCCAUAGAAAAGGAUGUGUUUGUGUAUUCGUAUCGGUUUCUUGAUCUUGCAGGGUAUGAGAUGAAGCCUGUCGACAUUCAGGUUAUUCUUGGGAUUUAUGCUGAUGUGAAGACAAAGCCCAGACAUGCUGUUGAAAUGAGGGGGCUGAUAAAUAGAUGCAUCGACAGGUUUUCUCCAGAGAACCUCGAGACACUGUUCAACAUAGACCCAUGGUUUAUGUCUGUGGAUGGGAUAGACCCGGGAUAUCUUACAGAGGGGCUUUCACCCUUGACUCUUAGGGGGAUUAUCCGGAGUAUUGAUAAGAGAAACAGACCCAUGAUUGAGAAUUUGAGCCUAUCUCUUGGAGAAAACAGACACAUGCUGAUUGAGAUGUUUGUGGAGAUGGGGAUCAGGUCUGAGAAGCUUAUUGGAUACUGCAAGGAGAAUCUACACAUCACGAACCUUAGAGGGCUCCUGCUCUACUAUCUAUGCACAUUCGAGCCCUUGCAUGUCUAUUUUGAACUCCUGUUCAAGCUCCCUUACGAAGACAGGAAGUACACGCUAUACUGUCUAGAAAGGAUUGUCGAUGUUUUUGAUCCUCUUCUCUUUGAAGAGAUAAUUCUGAUUGUGCUGCGCUCUGAAGUAAGGUUCAAGACAAGUCUCUGUAUUCUGUUUCCUCUACUUCUAUCGAGGCCCAGUCUUAUCAGCAAGAAGAUUGUGCUUGAGCUUACAGGGUCGAUCUAUAAGCUUCUUGAUUCAGAGAACUUCCCCCAGCAGAGAAUGGGGUUUAAGCUGUUUGAAGUUCUAUACAACAGGUGUCUAUUAGGAGAUGGAUCGGGGAAUAUAUGCAGAGAGUAUGAUUGGAUCAUAAGGAACAUAUACACUCUCAUGUUUGUGAGGUUUAUUCAUAUGGAUCAGGACUUGGAUGGAGAUCUUCUUGAAAAGUACAAUCUGGAGCUUGUUUUUGAGUUGGUGGAGUACUCUCCCAAGGAGCUAAAUCUUAACAACAUGUUCAGCUUUCUCGAAGCGGAGAUUCUGAGCAAGAAGAAUGAGGAGUACAAGAUAUGGUUUUUGAAAAGCAUUGGAAUGGCCAUAGCGCCGUAUUUCCGAUCAAGGGCUUUGGGAAUCAAGGUUAUUGAGUAUCUGGUGCGCAUUGGGAUGUGGAAUUACAAGCUUCUUCGGGAGGAGCUGGGGGUUGUUGUGUACGACCCGAGCCUACUGUACAAUCUCCUUUGCAUGCUUUGUAGCAAAGCUGGUGAAAGAGCUGGUUUGGGAUGCAAGGCUCAUAGGGAUGAUGUAGAAAACAUGGAGAUAUGCUUGAUAGUGAUAAGACAUUUAUUUGCAGAGUACAAUAGAGAGAGAGGAGAAGCCAACCAGAAAUAUGUGGAGGAAGGACUUGAGAAGCUGUUCUAUGUUUUAUCUCUAUACUCUGAAAUGAAGAAUAUUGUGUGCUCGGUAACUAGGCUGUUCGUGGAAGCAUUCAAGGACAAUUCCUCUCGGAUAGAUCCAUUAGUAAGCAAGAUAAGUUUCUUGAUGUCUGAUUUCAGAACGUCGCUUGCAGACAAGAUUGAAAUGGCUUGUCUCUUGAGCAAUCGAGGGCAUGACAAUGAGUUUCUUAGUGAGAUGCUGCUUCCGGCCUUCAACAAUUAUCUCUACUCUGGAGUUACCUUUCCGUCAGGCCUGCAGAAGUUCUUUAUGAAAGGAGUCAGUUCGAAAAACAGCAUCUUGAGGAAUGGAUAUCUAGAUCUGAUGAACCGCAUUGUUCCUGUAAGCAAGUGGAUGAGACUUAAGUAUCUGCUGGAAAUGGAAUGGAAGCACAACGCAAAGAUAGGAUACACAAUGACGGCGAUGAUGAUCCUUUCUUGCCACACAGCAGAACUGGAGGCAGAAAAGUACUCGGAAAUAAGACCGAGCAAGGAUAUUGAAUAUCCUUGGUCACGGGAGGGGAUGAGAUGCAAGGGAAAUGUGAGCAGAUGCAGUGGACUUGUUGCGAAUCUUCUUGAAGAUGUUGGCCUAUACAGGUCCAAGGCGUCGAAGCCAGACCUCCUGGAAAUUCUGUACCACUUCGACGAUUCCCUACUUCCGGUGCUAUCUGGAGUCUUAAGAACUACUGUAUGUGGAUUGGAUUCCGAGAAAUGUAAAAGCAUAUUCGAAGGCUUUGUGAAGUUCUGCUCGGAGGUUACAGGAGAAGGGAAACUUCUUGGAGCCCUUGUUAGGGGUCUUGGGCCUAUAUAUAGACAUGCAGAUCUAUAUGAGCUUAUUAAGGUAUUCCGAGGAGGAGAGGGAUGGUACACGCUACUGGAGUAUGCAGAUGAUAGGCAGAAGACAGAGAUAUACAGGAGAUUGAUGAACUUGGAUGAAUACUUUGGAAUGUCGCGGUCGGUGUGUAUUUUUCCUGAGACGAUGCAGGCAUAUUUCCUUCAGCAAGUGGGAAAGACCAAGGAAGCACAGGAUCUCUAUGAGGAGAUCCAAGCCAGAGCAGGAAAGCACAAGAUAUCUUUUGACGAAAGGGAGUACAAGCUGUGGCAAGAUGAGUGGGUGGCAUGUGCAAAAGAACUGCAGCAAUGGGAUGUAUGCUACGAUGCAGGAGUGGAGAUCGGGGAUGGCUUGCUAAGUGGAGAAUCGUUGUGGCAUCUUUCGAACUUCACAAGCCAGAAGGCAGUGGAGAAACUCAAAAGCGUGAUUGGCAAGGGAGUAGGAUUUGAAAGAGAAUUCCUCGAUGUAUUUGCAGAUAUAUUUAUGAAGUAUUCGGCAGAGAGGAUCAAGGGAAUCCUAACAAAGAACAUUGCAGAGCUCAGGAGUUACCCCGUAGGAAGUGGAGCAAACCUAAGAAAUCUUAUGUAUCUGCAGAUCAUCAUAGAAAUGGUUGAGGCAGAGCCUAUUUUUAACGACAAGAUAGACUCGAUAGAAGCAUUGACAUCGAUAUCCUUCCGAUGGAAGGACAAGGAGCCGUCCAUCUACAGCUCUUUUGCAGAAUGGAGCCUCUUCAAGACAUGGAGAAAACAUGUAUAUUCGAGAUUGGGAAUGGGAGAGAAGAUGUGUGGCAGAGAGAUGGGAUACAAGCAGCCAGAAAGAGGUUACACAGAGGAGAUGGGAAAUUCCUUGGGUAGAAAGCCUAUAGCAUCGCAUUUGUUUUCUCCAAAAGAGAUGAAUGAGAACUAUGCAAAGAUAAAAAAGGAACUGGUGGCCCGAGGAACAAACGAAUUGGCAAAGACUCUGAACAUGUUUUCCAAGGCAGCCAUCGACCAUGGAUACUAUGAUGUGGCUCUAUUCCAUCUUAAAGAAGUCUUUGACCUAAGCAGUGUAAAGGUAGGGGAUGCCUUCCAGAAGGUUGUUUAUGAGCUACUUUGCUUUCUCGGCAAGAAAGAGUACAAGAUAGGAGCCGAGCAGUGCAUGUCGGCAAACAUACAACAUUUCAGUGAUACACAGAAUUCGGUACUAUUCAACAUCAAGGGGCUGUUCAAUGAGAAGCUUGGAAAGGCUUCGGAUGCCGAAAAAUUCUAUUUGCAGUCUGCACAGAUAUGCAACACAGUUGGAGAAAACUGGCUCACAUGGGCGAGUUUCUUGUUUGGUAGGAUCGAUGGAGAUGCUCCAGAAGUAAAGGAAGACGUCUUUGUUGCUCUUCUACAAGCCAUUACCUACUGCAACGGCCCAAAUGCAAGGAAAGGAAUUCUUAAGAUGAUUCUACUUAUGGGAGAGCAUUCCUCGCUCUGUGAUGUGGAGUUGUUCCACAAGGUUCUUCAAGAGAUUGACAUCUCUCGAUUUAUAUACUUUAUUCCGCAACUGAUUGGGCUACUGGAAAAGGAAGACUCAAGGUUGGUGCAAGCCAUACUUGGCAAGAUCUCGGAAGAGUAUCCGCAAGCAGUGAUAGGGCCCCUUAAGGCAGCUAAGGAAAGAAUAAGAAGAAGCUUGGGGCUUGGAAAGGAAGAUAUAGAAUGCAAGGUGGGGGAACACAAGGUAGAAGGUAGAAGUAGCGAAGAUUCAAAGAGUCUUGGGACUGGACUGGUGACUGGAGAGAAGAACAUGUUUUUGGAGAAUGUUAUGUGUAUAUACAACCGGAUAAAAAACGCCCAACCAGGGAAAGAGUUCUGGAAGAUCCUUCACUAUCUUCACAAUUCGCUGAACUCCUUCGCCUUUAAGGAGGAGGAGCUUGUGUAUCUGGAGAUCGAGAAGAUCUUCAACAGUGCUGUGUCGCAUGUUGUGCAUGGGGCUGUUCCAUCGGGCCUUGGCCAUGCUAAGAUUCUGAACGAGCUUAUUUUCCAGGUUUCUGUUUCUUCCCUAAGCCGGAAACUCAAGGAAGAGCUUACAUCUUCCAUUCUCAAGAUGAGGUGCAUCUGCCCUCUUGAGAACAUCGAUGAAAUGGUACGGUUCAAAAGUAAGGUGCAGAAGAUUGUAGAAGAAUCCUUCCAUAGGAUGGACAAGUCCGAGGAGUCUGAGGUGAAUCUACUGCUAUACAGAUCCGACUACAAGCAUCGAGUAUUUGGACAAUACUCGGAAAUAAGAAGAAGUUACAAGAGCCUUGCGAGCAUAGAGAUGUUUGAGCCUCGGCAGCCCUACAUGUACAGAAAAAGAAUGGGAUGCAAUAGAAUUCACCUGAGAGGAAGCGAUGGGAAGAUGUACAGAUACGAGAUGAAAGAGUUAAGGAAGAUGAGGUUCUCUGAGUUUGUCCUUCCACAGAUAUCUUUGAUGAUUAACGAGGCGAUGGGCGAGGACACCAACUUGCGAAGGAGAGGUGCGGAGUUGAGGUUGUUUGUUCCCUUUAUUGCUAGUGAAGUUCUUGCAUUGAAAUGGAUCAAGGAGCCUGUCUAUUACAUGGAUAGUAUAUUGGAAGAGGGGCUAAGUAGAUACAAGAUGAACAUUGAUCAAUGUGUGCUUCUUUAUCUUGAUCACUUUGCAACUAUCUACGAUGGGUUAGACUCAAGUCCAGGGCAUUUCGAGAACAGAUAUCAGCUGGAGAAGGGACUCACUGCAAGCCUAAAGCCGAGGAUUCAAGGAGACGAAUGCCCCAAUAUAAGGAAGAAAAAAGGCUUUCUUGAAAGCAAGGAGUCGCAGGAGAACCUCAUAAACAAUGUUAGAAUGGUUAUUGAGAGGCAGAGGGAGAAGUACACAAGUGGUUUGAGACAGAACGAAGUCGAGUGUCUUGGAUGCAAUGAAAGAGGAGAGGGGAUUUCUCCAUGUACCUAUAGAUAUGAAACCUCAAAGCGGCAAAGAUACAUGGCUUACGAGAAGGUAUACAACACCUUCAAGAAAACUAGCUUUGUGGAUGAUUACUUCAAGCUUAUUUAUGGAAACCUGGGAGGAUACUUCCGAUUUAAAAACAAACUUCUUUCCAGUUAUUCAGCCAACAGUGUCUUUUUGUACACGUUCUCUGUUGUAGACAGGAGGCCAAGAAACCUUGCCAUCACCAAGACUACCGGCUGUUUUAUGAAUAGAGACGUCUGUUGCGAGGAAGCUGAGAUAUCGAGCAAAGGAAAGGGAAUGGGGGCCAUAGGACCAGGAUACCAGAAGCUCUUUGGGAAAGAAGGGAUAGAAGGCACAAUGGUGUCUAUUAUGUAUCAUUAUGCCGGGAUGGUAAACAAGGGAGAUUGGAGUAAGGAUCUGGUGAAAGCUCUACUUGAAGGCAGGUUUAUAGACAUGACGGGAAAAGGACUCAAGGGAGCUCACAAGGAAAUGCUAAGUAGAGUCUCUGAGAUGAUUGGAAAAGGCGAGGAUGGGACCCAUAAUGUGAUUCCGAUGGUUAGUGAGUGGAUGGACAUGUUCAAGCUAGCACAGAUUGAUCCAAGACAUAUGUGCUGGAUGUGA